UUCCUGAUCAGCCACAAUCCCUGUGAGCCGCGUUAAGAUGCGCAUUCACACUGAGCUGCCAGUUUCCUCCGGAGGACCGAGCAGCUCCGGGGCUGAAUUACAUGCGCAGUCCUGCCGUGAAUCACACAUCACCACGGCAACCGGCGUUCACACCGAGUCCCCGUCAGCAUCAGUGGGGUCCGAUCCCAUCCACAGGCGACAGGAGAGCACAGAAAAACACAAUCUGUCCAGGCAUUUUCAGCCAUGGUGAAGCUAGGCAGCAAUCUGUCUGAUAAGCUGGAGAAGCAGCUGUCUGCGGACGACGGCUUUGAUAACAUCCCCCUCAUCACACCCCUGGAGGUCAACCAACUCCAGCAGCCAUUCACAGACAAGGUCGUUGUGAAGACGUCAACACAGUAUCAGCUGCAGCAGAAGAAGAAGAAUAAGCUGUACGUGCCCAAUAUCAAGAAGCUGAAUAUCAACUUCUACAGUGAUGUUUCGGAGAAAGCCAAGAUCACAGGUCUGAUCCUCAUAACUUUGGCCUUCCUGACCAGCCUGCUCCUCCUGCUCAUGUACAAAGCCAUGUGGUAUGACCAACUCACCUGCCCAGAGGGUUUCAUUCUUAAGCAGAAGCACUGCACCCCGGCAGCUCUGGAGAUGUACUACACAGAGCAGCAGCAGCAGGAGGAGCCGGGCGUCCGCGGCGAGCCCAACACCGGCCUGUAUGCCGCUCUCAGCCACCUCAACCAGGUCAAGAGGACUGGGCCUGAGCUGCCAUCGCCAUGGUUACCAGUCAUCAGCGCUCUGAAGGAGGCCGAGGUGGCCAAACAAGGCAGUGAGCCGCUGAAAGGAGUGCUGGAGGGAGAGGAGUGAGGGGGCUGACAGAAAUGCAGGUGAUAGAGGAGGAAAUGAUGACGGGGAGGCAGCGUAGGUUAUUUUUGACUGUGUGUGUUCAAUUUUUUUUUUCUUCUUCCCUCGUACAGUCCAUUGAAUCCCCUGUUUAUACUGGUGCUCCAAAACCUUUAAGGUGUCUGUAUAACUACUGAAAACAAGUCAGCCAUGUAAACCACGCGUUUACUUAACUUCAAUACAGAAUCUGUUAAUACAAGCUAAUACCGAAAUGUGUGUGUGUGUGUGUGUGUGUGUGUGUGUACUUGUACGUCAAUAUUUAUGAGAACCAAUUUCAGUUUUAGACCUUGAGAGUGAGGACUUUCUUGGAAAAUGAGGACAUUUUGGUCAGUCUUCACCUUCAUACACACCUUCAAAGGCCUGUUUGAGAAUUCAGACUUAGGUUAAGGUUAGGGUUGGGGUAAGCAUUUAGUUGUCAUAGUUUAAAGGGACAUGCUUUUACUUACUAUCUGCAAUAUAUAUAAUGUUACAAUGUCAGAUGUUCAUAUUAAACAUGGCCAAAUUUUUAAAUAAUUAGGUUAAGAGUAAGAGUAGGAGGGUAAGAAUAAUCCCUGUUGCAAGCUGCUACAUGUAGCUACAUGCUAAUGUUAGGAAGAUAUGUUAUCUUGGUUGCUGAUGUUAUAAAUUUCUCCCUGAUUUCUGAUCACAUUUCCGUUAGAACAUGUCCGGUUGCAAAGAUCUUAGUUUGUACUUGUAUUGGGGAUUUUUCAUUGUAGAAAGUGCCGCUUUACUUCCUUACAGUCAUUCCACAGCUGCAAUCAGGGUGCAGAGACGUAGAGAGCAUAAAUGUGAAAGACCUGGAAAAGCUGACCAAUCAGAGCAGACUGGGUUUUUCGGAAGGGCGAAUAAAGAGACAGGCAUUAAAACGUGUUUUAGACAGAGGGUGAACAUGGGUGUUUCAGCAAAGAUAGUAUGAGAAAAUAAGCGUUUUUUGGACCAUUAAAGCAUGUAAACGUGUUCUAGUAUAAACCUAAAGUACAGGUAUGAACCUGAAAAUGAGCAUAACAGGUCCUCUUUAAGGUUAGGGUAUGAGGGUUGAUAAUCUCUAUAAACAGAUUCUGCAAAUAUUUGCAGAAUCUAGAGACAAGGGGACAAGAUUUUGGCCUCAGACAUGUUAUGGUUUCUGUUUGUAGUCCAAGUAGUAUUAACCAAUCAUGUCUGAACAGCAGGUGUGAAGAGGCGAAAGGCAUUGACCGAAAUUCAAUCUCAGAGCCCGUCAGCUAUGUCUGAGAUGGCUUUAUGUUACCUUUUUAAAAUUGCAGAUAUCUGCUUAUAGAGAGCCGAAAUAACCGGCGCCUGGAAAAAGAAAUCUUCACCAAGAUCUCCACUGGCUUCAUUGCAUCAGCCAGAAAUAUUGGCCUUCGCCCUCAGAGGUUUGUCAUUGUCAGACGAUAGCCGAUUGGUCUGAAAUUCGGGGCUAGGGAAAGCAAUAUUUCAAUGAAAGUCCUCACAAGUAUACAAGUACAGGGUUUUGUGUGUGUGUGUGUGUGUGUGUGUGUGGUGAGUUGUUGUGGUUAGAGGCAGGAAUGUUAUUAAAGUGUUGGAGAAUGUGCCUGACUUUUACAGUGUUACCGAGGCAUGAGCAAUCUCCACCAUCUGCAUUCAGUGUGUGUGUGUAUACACUCAUGUAAAUACUGUACACUGUAAAGUGCUCACAUACAUAUGAGCGCAUAUGUGUCAUAUGCAUAGUUGCGUUCGGGUGUGUGCGUAUGUGUACUUGUCUGAGAAAGUUUGAGGUGAGAGAAGCGAGGCAAGAGCUCAGAGUGAGAAGUGAAAAUAACAAGUUUUUAAUGAGAUUACUGCGAGUUUCUCCUCAUCACGCCGUCUCGUUAUCUCGCUGUCUAUUCAUUUAGUUUCAGAGGGGAAUGUAUGAAAUCAUCAGUGAAUGUGCUCACGGUUUAAACACUAAGUAGAGGAACUAUAAUUAGCCAUUUUUUUUUAUUUAUUUUUUUGUCGAAGUGAGUCGAUCCUGCAUCUUAUUAUCUGGAGACUAAACUGCGGUUCUGUGUGUGUCUGCCAUUAAUUCAGAGGAAAGUGUGUUGUAAAGAGACUCACACAGUGGCUUUGGAAAGCAUUAAAGUAUUAAAAAUUAAAAACUACAACCUCUUUGUCAUGAAGGGUUAUUAUCUGUAUUGCUAAGCCAUUUUAAUCUGUUUUAAAGUAAACCUAUAACACAAUAAAGUGUGCAGUAAGUACAUGGGUGUGACAACUUUCUAAAGCCGCUGUACAGCUCUUCAUUUGAAGACUCUUAUUAUCUUAGAGGAUGAUGUAAGCUAAUUACUGUAAUUAUAGAUAACAGUUAAGAGCUUCUAUUGUAUUACUACAAAAAAAAUCUAAAUUGAAAUAAUGCUUUACGUUCAUGUGUGGAAAAUGACUGUAAAAACUAGGAAAUUAUUAGUUUUGUUACUACGUUUUGUUUUUGGUUCAUGUUGUAUUCUGUAAUGCCACUGUAAAUGAACAUGUACAGUAGAACCACAGGGUUGACUCAUCAUGAUCUUACAUGAAUGUAUGAAGUAGCUGCUCUGAUCAUGCAGUAGACAUAAUAAGUGCUUAUAAUGUACUACCUACAAGCUUCUAUUGUCUACACAUCUUUCUAUUUAUUUCAUUAACAGAUCAUUUACGUGAGUAUUUGGUAAAGUUGUGUCUGUAAAUCUUGCUUUAUUAAGUAUGAAGAGUUCUUUUCCAAUGCACUGUACAUCCAUUUUUAAGGGAAGCUGAUAUUGUUUUACUUUAUCAGACAUAAUUCAAAAUGAUCUGACACAUCCUGUAAUUUGUCCUAAUUAUCUGCUUAUCACUUAUUUCGACCUACCUUUUCUCCUUGUCACUUUUUCAAACUAUCUUAUUUUGGAACAAAACUCUUCGUGUGAGCAGGAAGAAUGUGAGAUCACAGCGCAGCUUGUGCUUUUGGGGUUCAAGUGCCAAACAUUUACAUCAGGCCCAUCUGCUCUGAUGUCACUGACUGAACAGAAAUAAAUGACUGAAGUGUU